AUGUUUGGUAAAGACUCGCCCAGUGCCCCUCCCAGCCCCCAUGCGAGACCUCCCAGCCCCCAUGUGAGACCUCCCAGCCCCCAUGCGAGACCUCCAGGCCCCAUGCGAGACCUCCCAGCCCCCCCAUGCGAGACCUCCAGGCCCCAUGCGAGACCUCCCAGCCCCCCUGCGAGACCUCCCAGCCCCCCCCGUGAGACCUCCAGGCCCCAUGUGAGACCUCCCAAGCCCCCCCGUGAGACCUCCCAGCCCCCCGCGAGACCUCCAGGCCCCAUGCGAGACCUCCCAGCCCCAUGUGAGACCUCCCAGCCCCCCCGUGAGACCUCCCAGCCGCCCUGCGAGACCUCCCAGCCCCCAUGCGAGACCUCCCAGCCCCCCCGUGAGACCUCCCAGCCGCCCUGCGAGACCUCCCAGCCCCCCUGCGAGACCUCCAGGCCCCAUCCCCCCCGCGAGACCUCCAGAGCCCCAUGCGAGACCUCCCAGCCCCAUGUGAGACCUCCCCAGCCCCCCCGUGAGACCUCCCAGCCGCCCUGCGAGACCUCCCAGCCCCCCCUGCGAGACCUCCCAGCCCCAUGCGAGACCUCCCAGCCCCCUGCGAGACCUCCCUGCCCCCCAUGCGAGACCUCCCAGCCCCCCUGCGAGACCUCCCAGCCCCCUGCGAGACCUCCCAGCCCAUCUGCGAGACCUCCCUGCCCCCCAUGCGAGACCUCCAGGCCCCAUGCGAGACCUGCUCCAGCCCCGCUGCGAGACCUCCCAGCCCCCCCCGUGAGACCUCAGGCCCCAUGCGAGACCUCCAGCCCCCCCGUGAGACCUCCCAGCCACCCCGUGAGACCUCCCAGCCCCCCUGCGAGACCUCCCAGCCCCAUGCGAGACCUCCCAGCCCCUGCGAGACCUCCAAGCCCCAUGCGAGACCUACCACCCCCCCCUGCGAGACCUCCCAGCCCCAUGCGAGACCCUCCCAGCCCCCCCUGCGAGACCUCCCAGCCCCAUGCGAGACCUCCCAGCCCCCCCUGCGAGACCUCCCUGCCCCCCCUGCGAGACCUCCCAGCCCCUGCGAGACCUCCAGCCCAUGCGAGACCUCCAGCCCCCCGUGAGACCUCCCAGCCCCUGCGAGACCUCCCUGCUCCCUGCGAGACCUCCCAGCCGCCCUGCGAGACCUCCCUGCCCCCCCUGCGAGACCUCCCAGCCCCUGCGAGACCUCCCUGCCCCAUGCGAGACCUCCCAGCACCAUGCGAGACCUCCCAGCCCCUGCGAGACCUCCCUGCUCCCCUGCGAGACCUCCCAGCCCCAUGCGAGACCUCCCAGCCCCCCCUGCGAGACCUCCCAGCCCCAUGCGAGACCUCCCAGCCCCCCCUGCGAGACCUCCCAGCCGCCCUGCAAGACCUCCCAGCCCCAUGCGAGACCUCCCAGCCCCUGCGAGACCUCCCAGCUGCCCUGCGAGACCUCCCAGCCCCCUGCGAGACCUCCCAGCCCCCUGCGAGACCUCCCAGCCCCUGCGAGACCUCCCAGCCCCCCCGUGAGACCUCCCAGCCCCUGCGAGACCUCCCAGCCCCCCUGCGAGACCUCCCAGCCCCUGCGAGACCUCCCAGCCCCCCUGCGAGACCUCCCAGCCCCCCUGUGAGAACACUGGAGGGCAGGCAUACUCUGCAAGACGAGGACAGGAACAGGAAGCGAUGGCUUUGCAAAGAAGGGGACGUCUAUUGA